AUGUCUUACCCGCUAGAUAUGUGUUUCUGCAAAGCCUCGCUGCCUGUUUCUGGUUUGCAUCUUGGAUACGAGACGCUGCCGGCUGGCCAAGAUGACAGCCUCGACAAGAUCGCAGUCGACAUCAUGCACUGCAUUCGACGUGCUUGUGACGCACUGACAUCGACAACACCAGACGAGUUCCGUGGUGCCUGGACGGCGGUCGAGAACUGCAUUUCGACGUUCAGCAGCACCGACGGAGAGCACCGGACAAGGCUCACGCAAGACGACAAAGUCAUCACAUUCUACAUCGAGGAACAAAAUGCUGCUCUGCUCAUGUACUCCAGCAAAGGCCACGUAGUCUUUGAGGCCUUCGAGGCCGCGCCACCAUCCCAGGAUGUUCUGGCGUGCCAAGAUGCCCUCAAAUGGACUUUCCCAUCGCGUGCCGUGCAAAUCUCCAAAGAUGACUUUGCCGACAAACAGUUCCAAUCGACCCUGGCUUUGUUCCUGGACAAGGCCAGCUCCGAAUACAUUGCUCUUUUCGCCGCCAAGGCUAAAAAGGCAAAGAAGUCGCCGAAUUUCGCAAUGCUGGAACCCCAGACCUCAUCACGCACAUGCUUCUUUCCGUGCUACAGGCAAUGGGAGGUCCAGCAACGGUCUCGCCAAUUAAGAAACGCGUCCGUGACGACGUCAGCUUUGGCAAAGGGCACACGCCGUGGCGAAGACUUCCUACACACUGGUUAUGCUGCUUACAAGAUUCUGUCCUGCACGCUAUUGUCCCAAUUGCUCGACGACUGUGUCCACCAAGGCAUGCUUCCGGCACUCACUAGCCUGCUGCAGAAGAAACUGGGAAGGAAGCUUGCCAAACUGGAGCGACACCAUUUCUGGGAAUGCUGCACCGAGCAUGACAAGAUGACCUCGGAAGCCUUAAUCCACAGCAUCGCUUCGAAGCUCCAAACGUCCCUUGACGUGGCUCAACAGCACCUGCAAAAGAGACUGUCACAGUUCAAGGAGGCCACCAUGCGAAAGAUACCAGCAUUGCCACUGCAAGCUCCUGACGAUCAUCGAACGCUGUCUCUACCUUCGAGCAGGCGGUACUUGGACAGCCUUGUCGUUUCGACUGGAAACCAGGUCGAUGGGAACUCAAAUGCAACGCCAUUCUCCGAGGACGGCAGCCUUCACUCAAACCUGACUCUAAAUCCAGCCGUCAAAAACACGCAGGCCUUCUCUAGAUCCGUCUUGGACACACUGAACAUACUUGCGGACGCCCGGUCCAAGUCCUCGUCGCUGUGGAGCCAAGCCGUGGCCAAAAUGACGGAGGGUGCAGCAGAGGCAGCGUGCGAUCAGAUCUCCGCAACAGUCUCCGUCCUGGUGAGCUGUAUCUCCAAAACAGACCUGCGCACCGUCGAAAUGAGAAGCCGCAUCCUUUUGGAAAUAUUUGACCAAUGGGCGAUUCUUGAUACUAUUUGCGGCUCCCUUUAUCCAACGGUCGAUGACCAUCCGCCCGCGUUCCCACACAACCUCCUCGACGUUCUCCAGUUACCAGAUGUGGACUCCAUGUCUCGCCUUCGGCGAGUACAGAAGCACCUUCGGCAUCGAUCUCAAAUCGCACGUUAUGACGAGACGGUCCUUUCCAAUGAGUUUGGAUCCCGGUUUGCAUAUGAAUCGGAAGACCUCACACAUCUGUACGACAGAAUUAAACAAGCCGAGAACGUCCGUCGCCAGAAUAAAACGAAAGAGUGGGAAGAAGCCUGCAACAAAUAUGACCUUCUUUCUAACUCAAUUUGGGUCACUGACCUGUAA